AUGCACAGCGUAAGGGAUCGCUGGAAAACUUGGAGGUCUAGGAAAACGGGGAGUCAGGACGAUAGCUCUAGCGUUGUCGCCUCCCCGACUCCCCCACUAAUAGCCCCAUCUGCUAAACGGUGGUAUACAUCAGGCAGCGCAAAAGUCCCGUCCAGCGACCUGGCGGACUCAAGCCCUCCCUCGGAUCCAUCAGGGGAAAGGGCCGCAGUGGCUCUAGCGACCUCCGGGCAUCGUCCGCCGACAACACCGUCACCUUCCAAAGCGACGUUGGAUGUCUCAUCCGAUACUGCUUACCAUGCGCAUGUUACCCACUCUGCCUCGGCGGUGGUCGAUCCUGCUCGGGCCCAUCCGGGGCCCGAAGAGCACUUGACGAAACCGAGCGCAGAGCUUUCCAUAUCCCAGAAAAUCUGGAAUGCCGCUUACGAUAGCCUUGAGGAGGACAAAGAUACCUCUGAUCUUGUCAAGUCUUAUCUGAAGACUCUCACCGCAGUUUUCAAAGCCGAGAAAGCUUUUGGUGUGUCUGCCCCCGACGACGAUGAGCUUGCUGCCCAAGUGCAAAGUCCAACCACGCGUCAGGAAUAUCUGAAGAAAUUAGUCAAUGAUGGUCAGAAAAGAAUCGAAACGUCGUCAAAGAUAAAAAUGGCAGUCGGUGAUGUCGCCCAGUUCGUCCUUUCUGCCAAAGGGAUGAUCGACCUCGCAAUCCAGAACAUACCGCAGGCUGCGCUCCCGUGGGCUGGUGUUUGUAUCGGGUUACAAGUAAGCAAGCAUCGCUCGCUCUUCUUUGGACCCACUAAGUUUACCCAGAUCCUCCUGAAUCCUGCACAGGCCACAAAGUCUUAA